AUGGAGGGCUGGCCUGCAGUGGCCUGGAUCCUGCUAAUGACCAGCAUUGCUGACUGGCUGAAAACUGUCCAGUCCCGGGACUUUACCAUGAUGGACAUUAUCCGGCUACAUCCCUCAACUACACCCCAUCCUGGUGGCUUCAAGUGCUUCACAUGUGAAGAUGCUGAGGAUAACUAUGAGUGUAAUCGCUGGGCUCCUGAUGUCUACUGUCCCAAAGAUGCCAAAUAUUGUUACACACUCCAUAUGAUGGAUAGAAAUCAAGAGAGUGUGUCUGUGACCAAGAGGUGUGCAACGUUUAAGGACUGUCAGUUCACUGGCUGUGCUCAUGUCACUGAAAAUGGCAAUCGGGUGUGUUCUUCCUGCUGUGAGGGGAACAUCUGUAACUUGUUUGUGCCAAGGAACGAGAGCAGCGCCAUUUUCUCCUUCACUUCUCCUCUGCUGAGCUCCAGUGAACGAAGUUUACCCACAGUGCUGAGCUACGUCAUUAUUAGCAGCAGUUUUUUUGCAGCUGGACAUGUCUGA